AUGAAUAAAGUUGAAUUGCCAUCAAAUUUGCAAAUCUCAAAUUUUUUGUAAAAUGAAAUACAAAAAACUGAUAAAUUUGUUAAAUAACAUGUAACAUUGUUGAUUUAUUUUUAAAUUUAGGAGAAAGAACUCAACACUCUAUCAUAAUACUAAAAAAUAAUAACAUAAAACUGUCAAUCCAAUAAAGAGAAAUUAUCUCAAUUAUUUUCUAAAUAAUUUGAAGUGGAUUAACAGAUUAAACAAAAAAAUAAUCAAGUAUAGAAUUUGUAUUAAUAUUAGUUAAAAAAGAAGAGAUAUAUAAAUGAGUAAAGUUACCUUUAAUAAUAAAAAGAAAAGAAUUAUUUAUAAUAAUUGGAUUCUUAUUGGAGCUAUUAACAAAAUUUUUAUCCAAAUAUUGACUAUAUGUCAGACUCAGUCGAUAAAUCACGAUAAUAAUUAAUUUAAUAUUAUGAACAUAAAUUAUCCUUAGAAGAGAACUAAUUAGAGAGAAAUUAAAUAAAAUAAAAAAUAUUUUCAUUAAGAGAAGCAUAGGUAUUUAAUCAAUUAUAAUUUUUAUAGAAUUAAUAUCAUAAAUGCAAAAGUAUUGAAGAUAAAAUUAAGAAAGCAGAAUAAUUAAGAACAGAGAGAUUUGAUACUUCAGUAGAUAAAAUAAAAAAACAUGAAUAACAUAUUUUGGAUGUGAUAUAUUAGAAUUAAAUCUUAAGUGAAAGAAAGUCUCAUUAUUUUAAAGAUAAACUAUAAAGGUUAGAAGAGAAAUUAUGUUAGUCUGAAUUAGAAUAAGGAAAGAAAAGAUUAGAUUAAGUUUAAAAAGCCUUUUAAAAAGAUAAUCAUAGAUUAUAAGUUAAUAUUUAUAUUAUAAUAGGUAAAAGUUAAUUAGGAAAAAAUUAAUCAACAAAAUAAUUCAAUUCAUAUAAGUCAUUUAGAGAAUAAAUUGAAUAAAAUUAAUUCAUUAGAAGAAAUUCGAUCUAUCAUUAAAAAGGGUAGACUUCAGAUAGCUAAUAAUAUGUAAUAAUAGAAAAAUGAAAUUGUUUAAUAAAUAGAUGAUCAAAGAAAUUCCUCUUUGAAGUCAAGCAUUUAUUAAAGUUAAUUGCUUUAUUAUUGA